AUGGCUGAAUUAGGAGUAGCUACCGGAAUUUUGACCCUGGCUACAUUUGCCUUUAAUUCUGGUGGCAAACUUUACAAGACGAUUCAAGAGUUCAGAUCCUACCUCCCGCAAGUCGAUCAACUCCUUGCAGAGCUUUCAGGUCUAAAUUCAGUUUUAAAGGACCUCUCAGAAACAAGCGAUCUUCAUCUUGAAGUGGACCUCACUGCUCUCGAACUCACACUCAAUCAGUGCAAACAAUCAUGUGAGGCUGCGGAAGUUGAACUCCGCACAUUCUGCUCACGGUCUAGCGCCAGCCGGACAAGCCUCCGCGACUGGACCAGGCUCAAAUUUAGUGGCGAUGGGAUCGAAGGCUUUCGUCAGCAGUUACUUCGAUACACCUCUACCGUCAGCGUCGCACUAAGCUUCGCCAAUCUCCGCGCAUCUGUCAAUAGCACUCAAGCCAUUCAUGCCUGUCGAGACUUAAUUGCGACUACAACCGUCAAUCUAGAGGCUCAUCUCGAUCAAAUCCAGCAGAAGCUCAAGGAUUUGGCUGAACGCAACACCACUGGUCUGACUUCUCACGCGGCCAUCCGUCAACGAAUGGAACAAGAGCAAAGUAGCACGGAGAAGGGUAUCGCAUUUUGCGCGUCGCUUUCCCAGGAAAUCGAAAAGAUUCAGCUCGAUUUCUUCAGGGGCCGCAGAAGUUCCCCAAACAUCCAAGGCAGUGGCUCAACCUCAGAAAUGCUCGUCAGCGAAGGACUUGAUGGCUGUAUGAAUCAUAUGCGUGUCACGCUCGAACAGCUUGAAAAGCAUAGAAAGGGGAUUAUUGACGGUAUGGGCACCGAUUCAACAACGGCAACAUCAGAUCAGGAGACCUCACUCGACAACCUCCAAACCCAAGCUCGUACUCUGAAGCAAUGCCUAAACUUUUGCUCUAAUGUUGACGCGGCUUUAGAGUUACGAGUAAGCAACAUUGAAAAUGUGGCGAAAGGCGACGACACAAUCCAGUUCAUGGUCUCUACAGAUGGUAAACCGAUAAACGGGAAGAACCAAGGCGAUGGGAUGAGGCUGAAGCAAGCUGGUGGUCAUUUUAGCGAAAAAUCCUUACAGCAGCUGUCUGGAGACUUCAAAGCUAUCAGCCUUCACCAAACUGGCCUCCAGAACAUAGCGUCUCUCCAUGAAAAUAGGGUUGCUACAGCUGCGCAAAAGUCUUCGUUCGACAAUCGCCAUGGGCCUGGCUUUAAGCUCGCCAAACAGCCCGUCCCGGCUGCUACGGCUGGCCAGGUUGACGUUUGA